UGGCGACAACCCUUGGGCCGGCUUUGCGCCUCGUUUUCCUCCUCCUCAUUGAAGUAUACGCGUAGGUUACACAUUCCCUGCCUCCUGCUCCCGUCUCUCGGGGAACGGGAUGAAUCGCUUUUUGUUUUUUCUUUAGCAUUGGUGCUCGGAGGAAAAAGAGCAUCUGGACGCACUGAACUGAUGGUGGUGGUCCCAGGCCCCAGUUUACUUACUGAUCAUCCCCAUAGCGGGACAUGGUCCUCUGAAGCUCGUCAGAAGGUAUUCUGAAGAGACAACGUCACUACUCUCGCUAGAAACAUGAAGAUUUGGAACACAGAGCAUGCUUUCAGUUACCCCUGGGAGACGGUGAUCAAGGCCGCCAUGAGGAAGUACCCUAAUCCGAUGAAUCCGCACGUGGUGGGCGUGGAUGUAUUGGAGCGCCGCCUGGACGCAGAAGGACGCCUGCACAGCCAUCGACUCCUCAGCACUGAGUGGGGCCUGCCGGCGAUCGUACGAGCGAUACUAGGAACCAGCCACUUGCAGACAUAUGUGAAGGAACACUCCAUAGUCAACCCUGAGGAGAAGAAGAUGGAACUGUGCUCAACAAAUAUUACUCUCACCAACCUGAUAUCAGUGGAUGAGAGGCUCGUUUACAUGCCACACCCAGACAACCCUGAGGUUACCAUCCUGACGCAAGAGGCCAUCAUUACUGUGAAAGGAGUGAGUUUGAGCAGCUACCUGGAGGGCAUGAUGGCGAGGAGAAUGUCUGCUAAUGCCAGGAAGGUAACAGCACACACAAGCGCGCACACACAGACACAUGCACGCACACGCACAUACAUGCAUGCACGUUAAGAUGAAAUUUCCUCGUCCAGCUGCUGUAAGGGUCUUUUGCUUGACUUCAUCUAAUGCUUUACUAUGUCUGGCCUUUAAUCUGUCCUUUCUCUCUGUGGCUCUUUAGGGUUGGGAUGCUAUUGAGUGGAUUAUUCAGAACUCUGAAAGAGAAAACAUUACUCUCUGACAUUGAUUAACUCUGGUAACCCUGAGCAACUUUUUUUCUCCUUUGAUAAAAGGCAUGUACAGUACGAUAGUCUUAUUUUUUUCUUGCUCACCUAAUUGUUAACUCUUGACAUUUGCAGGAAUGCCACACCGUAUAGCAAGUGCUUCGGACUAAUGCAUGGGGGAGUCUUUGUGGACUUCUCACACCACACACGGGUUUACUUGUGGAGUACAUGCACAUGCAAGAUUGACACUGGUAGAGUUGUGGAUCCAAUGGGAGCAACUGAAUGCUCAAUCAACAACUUCUGAUCCAACAGAAAAAGAUUUUGGAACUAACUACUGAAAAGGGUGCCCCUGUUUUUGACACCAUCCAUUUGGGAGCAUGCUCAACUUUGAUGUUUAACUCGUAUUUCUCUCCAUCUGGAGUUAUGAAUGAUACUUAAUGGGGAUGACCAAUGCGGUUGUGAUUUGUAGAUACAAGUAUCAAUAACUGGGAACGGUAAACCUCUCUUGCAGGUGGUAAGAGUCCUCUGGGAAAAAAAUGUUUUUUUUAAUGGAUUAAAGUAUAUGUAUUUUGCAUGCUGUAAGAGGAAUUAAGUAGCAUGGUAGCUAGGGUUUAAUUUAGCGUUGUGUUCUCCGAUGGGAAUGGAGGUUUUUGCUCACAUUACCACAGAACAGCAGCUCCUUUUUGAUGCAUCGUCAGGCAGUGGAACCUCAAACUCUUUGCAACUGAGAUCGAAGUUAUGUGGGAGGGUGGGUGCAGUUCCGAAAACCAGUUGGCCUCAUAAUGCUGCCUGUGUGUGUGAGUGAUCGUGUGUGAUCACUAAACCCUCAUGCCUUUGUACGCGUGGAGAACGACACUAUAGUCCAACAAAGUGUGAUUGUUGGGGGGAGAUUCACGGUGUUACAGAACUGAACAUGUCUAAUGACUAAUUAUCGAGACUUUAAACAUUUAGUACAAACAGUAAAUUAUGACAUUAUUCACAUUCUCUGCUAAUAAGUUGUAUUUGUUUAUGACAACUGUUGCAACAAAUGAAUCCAUUGUUUGUAACUUAACAUUUGCAAUAAGGAUUACAUGAAGAGCAGAAUGUCAAUUCUGUUUUCUAUAGCAGCCAUAUUUUCGUGGCUAUUUUCCAUGAAACGGAAAUUUCAUGCUGACGUACUGCAGAUGCAGUAAGUGUACAAUCCGAACACUUUUCUCCCAUAUGGCACGAAUAGCUUGAGGUUUUCAGAAUGUACUGAAUGUAUCCAGAAGAGGGCGCUAGUCCCCUUUGCACUGUCCCAAGAAAUGGGGGAAACCAAAGACGAUAAGACUUGUCUGCUGAAUAAAUACAAAGUGCUUUUGAAAGUAAACAUUUUAUUGACAUAACAGACAUUUACAGAAUGCUUUGCAUAUUAAGUACAACAAUUGGUAGAGCAGUGCUAAGAUUAAGUCUGGAUAUGACUGCAGUUCUUUCAAAACCCAUUUAAACAAGCUGAGCUACUUAACCAGAAUUUUAAUAAAUACGCAGCAUGAUGCUUUAACAUGCAGGAGGCUUUAUUAAAAAAAAAAAUGAUGUUCCACAUACUCUUUGGUAUCUAAGAAAAUACACGAUUGUGUUCAAAAUCAUUAAACAGCAUCAGGAUCUGGAAUAAUGUACCAGUUUCAAGUUUUGCAAUAAGGCACACCAAGUUGCACGCAUCUCAGUCAUAAACAAUUGCAAUAGCAGCCACGGCAGAAAAUGAAGACAUUAAAAAAGGCAUCAAAUCUUUAUAAAAGUGUAAAAGUAAAUUUUUAAAAAAACAUGGUGCAUUUACACCCGGUUGCUUCCAUUUGAUUUCUCGUCAGUACUGACGCCUCGAGUAAUAGCAGUGCCAAACCAAACCAUACCCUCUGUGCUUUAAACACUGUACUCCCAAUGUGGUCAGCUAUAACAAUACAAUAUAAAAUAAUCAUUUUACAUAUUUACUCGUAUGAAUAACCUUCCAAAUUCCUGCCUUGAAAUCAACUAUAACCAACAACAAAUUAAAACUACUGCAUUUCCUCACUUCUACUGCUCCCACUUCUUGCUCAAGGAGGAUUGCUCCAAAAUUCCUGAGCGCUCCUUCACUCACUUAACAAUGACAGCCUCUUACCUAAAAACGUAAACAAA